AUGGGGCCUCACAACCAGCUACUUGUGUUGAGACUCACCGGGUGUGAUCUCAAAGAUGACAUUUGUGAAACCGUCGCCUCAGCUCUCCAGUCAGCUGGCUCAUGUCUGACAGAGCUGGACCUCAGCUACAACAAACUGACAGACACCGGGGUGGAGAGGAUCUCCACUGGGCUUAUGAGUCCACACUGUAAACUGAAGAUCCUGAGACUGACUGGUUGUGAGAUUACGGAGGAGUCCUGUGGAAGUUUGUCCUCUGCUAUAGCAGUCUCUCAGCUCGAGGAGCUGCGUCUGGGCUGCAACAAACUGGGAGACUCUGGAGUAAAGCUGCUGUCUGCUGGACUGAUGGAUCCACACUGUCAGAUACAGACUCUGGGGCUAAGGGAGUGUAAUCUCUCCAGACCUUCCUGUGUCUCUCUGGCUCCUGUACUGUGGUCAUACUCAGUCCUGAGAGAGCUGGACCUGAGAGACAACAACCUGUGGUACUCUGGAAUGAGGAUUCUCUCUGCUGGACUGAGGAACUCCAACUGUGCCUUACAGACUCUUAGGCUUUCUGGUUGUCUAGUCACAGAGAAAGGCUGUACGUUUCUUGCCUCCGCUCUGGAGUCAAACCCCUCCAACCUGAGAGAACUGGACCUGAGCUUCAAUCACCCAGGAGACUCCGGAGUAAAGCUGCUCUCUGAUAGACUGAAAAAUCCACACUGUAGCCUGGAGAAACUCAGUGUGGACCAUGGUGGAGAGUCCAGAAUCAAACCAGGCCUGAGGAAAUACGCCUGCCAGCUGCAGCUGGACGGUAUGUCAGCAGAUGGUGACCUGACUCUGUCCGAGGACAACACGAGGGUGGUGAGGAGAACGCAGGUUCACACAUAUCCUCAUUUUGAUUUCUCGGAUUCAGAUGACUCCGAUUACUCAGUUCGGCCCAAAAAGACGGAUAAGUGGGCCAAAGUACGCUGCAGGGAGCCCCUGUCUGAUGGUCGUUUCUACUGGCAGGUUGAAUGGACUGGCUGGGUUGACAUUGGGGUGACAUAUACACCCAGAUGGGAUAUUAAGAAGAGGUCUUGGGGGCUUUUCUGCUGCAAUGAACAGUACACAUUUAUUCAUAGUAACAGUUUCUCAGUUGUAUCAGUACCCAGACCGGACCCAAAGUGUAUAGGAGUGUAUCUUGACUUUCCGGCCGGCACUCUGUCCUUUUACAGCGUCUCCUCUGGUACACCGGCCCACCUGUACACAUUCCACACCACGUUCACUGAGCCCCUGUACCCUCAGUUCAAAAUCAUGUGUGAUGAGAUGGAGAUAUUUGGCUCAGUUCAAAUCCAAACUCUGUGAAUGAAAAGUAGCCGUCGUCAGAGUAACUGACAGACAGACACAUUUUGGAUUCAUUAUGUCUGUAUUUUUUACUACACCUUCACUCAGAGAGGAGGACAAUGAUGUUUUGAAUGAAAAGUAGCCGUCGUCAGAGUAACUGACAGACAGACACAUUUUGGAUUCAUUAUGUCUGUAUUUGUUACUACACCUUCACUCAGAGAGGAGGACAAUGAUGUUUUGAAUGAAAAGUAGCCGUCGUCAGAGUAACUGACAGACAGACACAUUUUGGAUUCAUUAUGUCUGUAUUUGUUACUACACCUUCACUCAGAGAGGAGGACAAUGAUGUUUUGAAUGAAAAGUAGCCGUCGUCAGAGUAACUGACAGACAGACACAUUUUGGAUUCAUUAUGUCUGUAUUUGUUACUACACCUUCACUCAGAGAGGAGGACAAUGAUGUUUUGAAUGAAAAGUAGCCGUCGUCAGAGUAACUGACAGACAGACACAUUUUGGAUUCAUUAUGUCUGUAUUUUUUACUACACCUUCACUCAGAGAGGAGGACAAUGAUGUUUUGAAUGAAAAGUAGCCGUCGUCAGAGUAACUGACAGACAGACACAUUUUGGAUUCAUUAUGUCUGUAUUUGUUACUACACCUUCACUCAGAGAGGAGGACAAUGAUGUUUUGAAUGAAAAGUAGCCGUCGUCAGAGUAACUGACAGACAGACACAUUUUGGAUUCAUUAUGUCUGUAUUUGUUACUACACCUUCACUCAGAGAGGAGGACAGUGAUGUUUUGAAUGAAAAGUAGCCGUCGUCAGAGUAACUGACAGACAGACACAUUUUGGAUUCAUUAUGUCUGUAUUUGUUACUACACCUUCACUCAGAGAGGAGGACAGUGAUGUUUUGAUUAGAAACCUUCUCUAUAAUAAACAUAUAAAUAGCUACCAUUCACACAUUGUUCGGCUUUGAGUGUGGAAAUGGUCUUUGGAA